AUGCCUGGUCAUAAUAAACCUCCAGGUAAAAAAUUAUUUACUCCAAAACGAAUAGAAAAGACAGGUGAUAACCAAGAUUUCAAUGAAGAUGUAAUUUAUGUCUCAACUGGUCCUUCUCAUUGUGGGUUUAUUACAAGCUCAGGCGAUGUCUACACAUUUGGAAAAAACGACUAUCUUCAGCUAGGCCACACAUCUAAUUUCACCUUAGGUCCAAUGAAAGUUCCCUCAAUUCCACCUAUGAAGCAAAUCGAAUGUGGUGAAUUGCACACCGUAGCCCUUUCAGAAUCUGAAAGGUCUACUCAUGGGGCUAUGCAAGCUCUCAAAAUCCAUUACGCAAGAUCUUUGAAUGGCGCUCACGCAAUACUUUAG